UUACUAUAGAAUAUUAUUACCCUAAAUAACUAAAAAGCUUCAUUUGUGUUAUUUUUAUUAGGGUACAUAAAGGAAGUCGCCAUGAACAACAUAGACGACAUUUUACAAGCCAUCUUUAUUGGCUUGGUUGUUGCUACCUUCCUUCUCAACACUGGUCGUGCUCUAAAAGCCAUUGAGAUUUGCAAGGAAUGUUUGAUGCCCCUAAAUAAUAAAGUGCUAAAAAUGGAACGAGAAAUUUUCAAUUCACUCCAUAUUGGUAUCUACAAAACAUCCUUCAGGGCGUACUGUCUUAUCCCUGAUCAUACCAAAGCACUUAUCUACGGUAGGAAACUUCUUGACAUUUACCGCAAGCGUGGUAAAACAGACGAGGAAGGAAAUCAUAUGGUAAAACUGGCCGACAUAUAUACACAGCAGCAUAAAUACCUAGAAGCCAGAGAACUUUAUGAGAAAGCGAUUAAUAUCCCGAAAGAAAAGGGUGACAGAAGGAAUGAAGCAAACACUUAUGAAAAGAUUGGAAUUAUAUCUUAUUAUCUCAGUGACUACGACAAAGCAAAAGAAAAUUUUAACAAAGCACUUGCCAUCAGAUUACAAACUGGUGACAAAAACGGACAGGCAGCAGAUUACGGAAACCUAGGAGCUGUGUUGGAAUCUCUUGGUCAAUAUGACAAGGCUAAAGAAUAUCUUGAAAAAGCACUUGCCAUCAAAACACAGAUUUGUGACAAAGAGGGAGAAGGCACCUUGUACGGAAAUUUAGGAACUGUGCUUUUAUCUCUUAGUGAAUAUGGCAAAGCUAAAGAAUAUCUUGACGAAGCACUUUCCAUCAAUAUACGAAUUGGUGACAAAGAGGGAGAAGCCGGCUCGUACGGAAAGUUAGGAAUUGUGUUUCAAGCUCUUGGUCAAUAUGACAAGGCUAAAGAAUAUCAUGAGAAAUCACUUGCCACCACAAUACAAAUCGGUGACAAAAAGGGAGAAGCAAGGUCGUACGUAAACUUAGGAACUGUGUUUUUAUCUCUUGGUCAAUAUCACAAGGCUAAACAAUAUCUUGAGAAAGCACUCGCCAUCACAAUACAAAUUGGUGACAAAGACGGAGAAGCCAGCUCGUACGGAAACUUAGGAACUGUGUUUACAUCUCUUGGCCAAUAUGAAAAGGCUAAAGAAUAUCUUGAGAAAGCACUUGCCAUCAUAAUACAAAACGGUGACAAAAAUAGACAAGCCACCACGUACGGAAACUUAGGAACUGUGUUUUUAUCUCUUAGUGAAUAUGGCAAGGCUAAAAAAUAUAUUGAGAAAGCACUUGCCAUAACAAUACAAAUCGGUGACAAACUGGGAGAAGCCAGCUCGUACGGAAACUUAGGAACUUUGUUUGCAUCUCUUGGUCAAUAUGACAACGCUAAAGAAUAUCAUGAGAAAGCACUUGCCAUCAAAAUACAAAUCGGUGACAAAAAUGGAGAAGCCAGCUCGUACGAAAACUUAGGAACUGUGUUUAAAUCUCUUGGUCAAUAUAAGAAGGCUAAAGAAUAUCAUGAGAAAGCACUUGCCAUCACAAUACAAAUCGGUAACAAAUAUGGAGAAGCCAGCUCGUACGGAAAUUUAGGAACUGUGUUUGAAUCUCUGGGUCAAUAUGACAAGGCUAAAGAAUAUCUUGAGAGAGCACUUGCCAUCAGAAUACAAAUUGGUGACAAAGAGGGAGAAGCCAGCUCGUACGAAAACUUAGGAGCUGUGUUUACAUCUCUUCGUCAAUAUGACAAGGCUAAAGAAAAUCUUGAGAAAGCACUUGCUAUCAGAAUACAAAUCGGUAACAAAAGUGGAGAAGCUAUCUCGUACGGAAACUUAGGAACUGUGUCUAUAUCUCUUGGUCAAUAUGACAAUGCUAAAGAAUUUCUUGAGAAAGCACUUGCCAUCAGGAUGCAAAUUGGUGACAAAGAAGGGGAGGCAGCAGAUCACGCCAACUUAGGAGCGUUGUAUGGAUUGGUUGGUGAAUAUGUUAUGGCUGAAGAUUAUAUUGAGAAGGCAUUGUCAAUUACGCGAGACAUUGAAGACUUAGACAAGGAGUUUAACAUUCUUUGUGUUCUUACAGUGGUGAAGUUAUUCCAAUACAAGAUCCAGGAAGCGUUUGACUGUUUGUUUCUGAGUAUGAACAAAAGCGAAUCUUUACGAAGUUUCUUAGGGGAAAACGACGAUUUUAAGGUCUCGUCCUUAGACGUUCGCAAUUUUCCCUACCAAAUUCUUAGUGCAUUCUUUUGUUUUUGGGGAAAUCCAAACCAUGCACUUUAUGUUUUAGAGCUGGCACGGGCUAGGGCAUUAGCAGACUUGAUGGCAACUCAGUAUUCUGUUGAAAGCCACAUCUCAGCUGAUCCGCAAUCGUGGAUUGGUAUUGAAAAUAUUAUGAAAAAAGAAAGCAACUCUUCUUGUGUGUACAUUUCUUAUCGUGAUCAUAAUCUGUUUUUCUGGGUUCUCAAGACAAGUGGAAUCAUUCAUUUCCGAAGAAUAACAGUGGAUGAGAAACUAAUUGAUGCUCGACUAAUUGGGAAGUUAGAUAAUUUCCUCGCCAAAAGCUUUCGAGGCUUUGGUAUUUUGCCCGAGGAAGAUUGUGAAGAUCGAUCUUUAAAUGAAGUUCAGAGCCUCGCAGCAUUGAGACUUAUAGAGGAGGAAGACGAAGAAAGUGGAAACUCCGAAUCGAGCUUUUCUUUGUACUACAGAAUGUUAAUCAGUCCGGUAGUUGAUCUACUUGAGGAGCUCGAGCUCAUUGUUGUUCCUGAUCGCUGCUUAAACCAAGUUCCAUUUCCAGCGUUAAAGGAUGAAGCAGGGAGGUAUUUAUCAGAGAAAUACAGAAUCCGCAUCGUUCCUUCUUUGACAACUCUAAAGCUCAUUCGGGACAGUCCUUCAUACUAUCACAGUCAGACUGGUGCUCUGAUAGUUGGGGAUCCAGCUGUCGGUAUGGUGCGUUACAAAAGAGAGGAAAUGCCUUUUUCCAGGUUACCCUGUGCAUUGAAUGAAGCAGUUAUGAUUGGACGACUGCUAGGAGUUCAACCUUUGUUAGGACAGCACGCAACAAAGCAGGCGGUACUUGACAGGUUACAUUCAGUGAGUCUGAUACAUUUUGCAGCCCAUGGUAAUGCCGACAGAGGAGAAAUUGCUCUUUCUCCGGUACGCCGUCCUAACAGGAUUCCAGAAGAGGAAGAUUACCUAUUGACGAUGUCGGACAUUGCAAACGUUCAACUACGAGCUAAACUGGUGGUACUUAGCUGCUGUCAUAGUGCAUGUGGGCAGAUUAGAGCCGAAGGAGUCGUUGGGAUUGCUCGAGCGUUCUUAGGAUCCGGUGCACGGUCUGUUUUGGUGGCUCUCUGGGCCAUAAGUGACAAAGCAACAGAGCAGCUGAUGUGUCGCUUCUACGAGCAUCUUGUUCGGGGUGAGAGUGCGAGUGAAUCUCUUCACCAGGCCAUGAAGUGGAUGAGAGCUAACGGCUUUGACAUGGUUUGCGAAUGGGCACCAUUUUUGCUGAUUGGAGAUAACGUGACAUUUGACUUCGGAAAAUAAAAGUUUGCCUUUCGCCAGCGUUAUACCCAGUGUCUGGCUUUCAGUGAAAUUCAAUUUCAGUGAAAUUCAAGAUGACGUCCACCUUUCCCCUGAAAACAGACACGUUUGUGUCAAUGGGACGAUUUAAUUUUUGCGAGACGUAACUCCGUAAGAGACUGAUUAUUGAGAAACGAAAGUAGUAAAUGAUCAGUAAGUGAGAUAAUAGCCAGCAGUCAGUAGUAAUUAAGUGAUCGACAUUAAGUUUCGUCUUAGAAGGUCAAUAUGGUGAUGGGAAUAAGGAAAAUACUCAACUAGUACUUGCUGAUAUUGUCUUGAUGUAACUUCUUAAACCUGACAUCAACGGAAACGUAUGAUAUUGAGUAGUUAGAAUUCAAUUUUCCUGUAACCAUCAUUGUGCAUUUACAUGAUAUAACGACUCGCAUUCACGUUUGCCAUAAUUGUAAUCGAAGACAGUUUAUUUUAAGUCCACUAUUGCUUCUGUUUUCAUACUCUCAAUUUCUAUAGAGAAGAAAAGUGUGUCUUUUAGGAGGAUUUAUAAACAGCAGAGAACUGUUUACAUGAGAAAUCUUGGGACACAGGCUGACUUGAGUGGAAAACAUCUGGUUUUGAAGGCAGUGAGCAAAUAAACACUACCCCCACAAGGGAUAAACAGGGACAUGUAGAGCAUGAGCAUAUUCCAGAUCUGAAGGGACCUAGACCUGGGAAUAACCCUCCUACAAGGGACAAUUUUUAAGCCAUAAAUCAGCCACUUGUUUUGUUUCAUCAUACCGCCGCCGAUUUCAAAACAAUUUCAGUAGAAAGUUUGCUUCGCUGCAGGCCCUUGCCAGUGACAUUCAGAUUAGUCCUAAGCUCAAAACGUUGAUUCUACACCAUCAUUUGCGAUCAUGCGCUUUUCGACCAGGGCUCUAGCUCGGAGCUUUGAAUUCAGUUUUUAGUGUUCGAGUAGCUUCAAGUGCAAGUUUAUUUGCUCACACUUGUUUCAACUACGAUAUUUGAAGUACAGUAGAAAAAAAAAAAAAAAAAAAAAAAGAAAAACAAACCA